AUGAGGAGCAACAGCAGCCUGAACCCUCUGCACUUUGAGCUGACUCUGUUUGCAGACCUCGGGCCCCUCAGAUAUCUGUUCUUCAGCCUGAGUCUGCUGAUCUACGCGACCAUCGUCUCUGCUAACGCGCUCGUUGUUCUCACGGUGUGUCUGCACAGGUCUCUGCACCAGCCCAUGUAUGUGUUCGUCUGCAGUCUGUCCCUGAACUCUCUGUACGGCUCGGCCGGCUUCUUCCCCAGGUUUCUCGUGGACCUGCUGUCCGACUCGCACCUCAUCUCUCGCUCCUGGUGUUUCCUGCAGAUUCAUGUGAUUUACAGCUACUCAGCGUGUGAGCCUCUGAUCCUGAGCGUCAUGGCUUAUGACAGAUAUGUUGCCAUUUGUCAGCCGUUGCACUAUCACAGUAAAAUGAGCUUUAAGACGGUGAGACAGCUUGUCCUCUUUGCUGUGCUCUACCCGGCGAGUGCAGUGGGCCUCUGUGUCUAUCUGACCGCCCGCCUGCCUCUCUGUGGACACAAAGUGCACCGGCUCUUCUGCUCCGUGGUGCAGCUGUCCUGCGUGGACACCACCGUCAACCGGAUCGCAGGAAGUAUAUUCACCGCAACGACCACCGUCCUCCCGCUCCUCUUCAUCCUCUACACGUACCUGCGCAUCCUGCUGGUCUGCAGGAGGAGCUCGGCUGAGCUCAGAGGCAAAGCGCUGCAGACCUGCCUGCCUCACAUCGUGUCCUUUAUCAACUACUUCCUCUCUAUUUUCUUUGAGCUCAUGCUGAGUCGGUUUAAGUACAAUGAGGUCGAUCCCAUCAUUAUCGCAGUUUUAUCUCUGGAGUUUCUCAUCAUUCCUCCCAUCAAUGACCCUUUAAUCUACGGCCUGAAUCUGCCUCAGAUCAGAAAAGUGAUUUUUACA